AUGGAGACCGCCCCGGAACCUGCAGACAUCAAAACGCAACCAGCUGCAGAAAGUGCAAGUUCGCUGCCCUGCGCCAUCUGUCGGCGACAGUUCUCGAGAUACACAUGUUCGCGGUGCAACAUCCCUUACUGCUCUCUGACAUGUUUCCGUUCCGAGUCACAUGCGGAAUGCUCCGAGAAUUUCUAUCGCAAAGAAAUUGAAUCCGACGUACGCGGCGAUGCAUCCAAGUCUGCUCAGCAAAGACAGAAAACCCUGGAGCUACUGAAACAUUUUGAAGAAGACACUAUGAAUGACGACAUACUCGGCCUCGAGUCUGACGAAUCCGACGCAGACGAUGCAGAUCUAGAGAGUAGACUUAAAGGCCUGGACCUAGAGGCGGCUUCAUACGACGACCUCUGGACAGCACUCACACCCGAGGAGCGCGAGAGAUUUACCAAAGCACUUCGCAACCCAGACAGUGAGCUAGCGCAGCAGCUCCUCUCCAGUGAAGAACUCGAGAAAGUGCGCAUCGAGCCAUGGUGGGAAGCUCCCGAUGACGCCAGUGCGGGUCAAUCAAGUGCAUCGUUUCGCGCACAGAAGAGGUACGGCAAGAAGCCUGCCAUGAUGCAGGUCCCUGCGAAUAUGGCCGGAGCCUCGCACACCCCAGGUAAGUUUCCCCUGCUGCUGUAUAAUCUGUGUGCCAUCAUGGUCGCAUACACAUACGUCACGCGCUACCUCGCCACCUCACCUCUGACAUCCCUCGACCCGUCAGAACGGGACGAAGCGCGCCGCAUCAUCGCGGAGCUCGUGCCCUUCCUCACCGACCGUCUCUCGAAGACCGUGCACUCCACUCUCUCGGCGACGGUAACGGACCUCUUGUCUCGUUUCCGCCCGGGUGCAAUGUCGCCCACGUUCUACUACCUCGUCCUGAAAGACGCCGCCACCUUACUGCGUCCCUCGGCCGUGGUCGAGCUUCCCCCGGCCGUUCCAUCAGACAGCACGGCCGCAACCAACUCCUCGUCAAUACCACCCGCUACCCAUUCUCCCGUUCCUUCAGCCGACCUAGCGUCCCACCCAAGCGCACGGACGUUCUUCGCCCUCUCUGACCUCUCCGCACUCUUCGGCGCCGACCCAAAGCCGACGUCAAAACAUAAGCACAACCACGUCACGCACAAGCUGACCUUCUACUCCGCGUACGUGCUGGGCGUGCCCCCCUUGCUGCUGCAUACACUUGCAGGAGAGGUCACUGGGCGCGCGGAAGCCAUGGCGAGGGAGAGCGCGGACGUCGGCGGCGGUACUGCUCAGACGGCAGAGAGGCUUCAGGAGUCCGCGGCGGGUGCUUCGGCGGACCAGACCACACGGAUAGUCGAAUUGAGUUGA